UUCAGAAAAAUGGAUGCAUUGAAAAUUUUAGACCUAAAUGUUGGAGGAGUACUGUACACAACAUCAGUAGAAACUCUCCUUAAGGACCCUGACUCUAUGCUGUAUAAGAUGUUUUCAAAAGAUGUAAAAACUCUGACCCGAGACAGUAAAGGGCGCAUCUUUCUUGACAGGGAUGGGCAACUGUUCCGGUAUAUACUGGAUUAUUUGAGAAAUGGUAGAUUAAGCCUACCUGCUAAUUUUCAGGAGUGUGGGAGUUUAAGGACUGAAGCAGAAUAUUUCUCUAUCCAAGGUUUGGUUUAUCAUCUCUCUGAUUUAGCACUAGGACUUGGAUCAGGAUUACUGACUCCCAGGAAGAAACGUCCUUCUGCUACUGAUAUGUCAGGAACUAGUGGGGGUCAGGGAUAUAUUGUGGUUGGAUACAGAGGUACAUUUGCCUUCGGUCGGGAUAUGUCAGAUAUCAAAUUCAGGUUUAGGAAGUUGACCAGAAUCCUAGUUCAUGGCAAGGUUACUCUCUGCAGGGAGGUUUUCAAGGACACCCUGAAUGAUAGCAGAGACCCUGACAGAGGAAUGAACAACGAUAGAUAUACAUCCAGAUAUUACUUGAAGCACACAGUUCUUGAGCAUGCCUUUGACCAACUCUGUGAAGCAGGAUUCAGGAUGGUUGGUAGUUGUGGUACAGGAACUUCAGCUCCUACAGCAAUACAAGAUCUUAAGCCUGGUCAGGUUUCAAUAGAAGACCAGUGGAAUCAUUACAACGAGUUCGUUUUUGUCCGAGAUGAUCCAAACAGUUGUACAUGCAACAGUACCCUGCUCUUCACUUCUAACGGCCACAGCCCUGUAUCUGAGAGUAGGAGGGGGAGUUACUUCUAGACAACCUCUCACCACUAGGGUUCAAAGAGUACAUAGCGGUUCAAGAACUCAUAUUGAGGCAGCAACUUUAGACAUCUUGGAAUAAUAUAAACCGAGUUUUCCUGUUGCAUUUCUGCAUUCAUUUCAAUUCGGAAAAUUCAAAUUAUUACAAUCUAUAUAAUAUUACAUAAUAAGUUUGCUAAACCGAACGGAUCCAAGUUAUUAAAGGACCUGCUAUGACCUAUACGAGGGUUUACGGCAGUUUGCCUCCAAAUAUAGUUUUAUUUCAUAUUUUUGUUUGAAAUCAUCCAAAAGAAAAGAAUAAAAUCUAAAAUUGUAA